AUGACAAAAAGUUUACGUACCAACUCCGACAUUUUUAUCUUAUCGGGCGACAAAGAUACAAGUGUUGAAGUGUUAGAUAAAAAUGACUAUCAACAAAUUGUACAGAAUAUGGUUGACCAAGACAUGGAAGAAGGAAAAUAUUUUCGAUCAGACGAUACAACAAUUAAAGAUCUUAGUAGUUUCCAGGGAUUUCUGCACAGACACUUCAAAGAUCACCCAGAGUAUCAGAAUAUGAGACCGUCAAGUAACCAACCAGCACAAUUCUUUGCUACUGCCAAAACUUACAAGUUUGACAAUCCAAACGAAGUCAACUUACCCGAAUUAAAGCUGAGACCAAUCAUUGACCAAACAGGAACCUGUUAUUACGCCGCCAGCAAAGUUAUCGCCUCAUACUUAUCACCUCUAGCUAAGAAUGAAUUUGUCAUCAAGGAUACUCAGAAAUUCCCUUCAAUGUUACAAAACCUUCCUCCGUUAUUUGCUGACGAAGAAAACGUGAGUUACGAUAUCGAUUCGCUUUUCACAAGUGUACCUGUAAAAGAAACUGUUGAAUAUAUCUGUCACCAAAUAUACGACAAGCACGACCUUAAGCCAGUCUCUCGUCCCACAUUCAAAAAACUUUUUACAAAUUAA